UCCAUCCAUAUCUGUUCUUUCUUUCCAUUUAUUUGGACCGAGAGAAACCAGAGCAAGCAGAGCCGCGGACAGGGAACUUCUAGGAAACUUUUCCAAGCUCAAUUCUUGAGCUCUACUGAUCCAAAAAUUCCGGCAAAUUAGGGUUUCGGAGUAUCCGGAAGCCGGAUUGAGCCCAAAUUUCAAAUACGAGCUUCCUGCAGCGAGGUAAUCAAUCCUCCAGUUCUAAUCCCUGAAUUUCGGCUAUUAUUUAGGCCGGG